AUGCGACAUCAUACACAAUAUACUCUCGAAACUACCCGUCAAGUCUCUGCGUCGAUUCAGGCUUGUAAAUCAAUAUAUUCUGUAAUCUCUGAACCCGAAUUCGUCAAAACUCACCUAAACCAAUCCAUUAAAUUGGACCGCCAAAGACUCUUUUGCGGGCAGAUAAACCAUACAAAAUGGUUCUGUUCCACAGGCUAUGAAAUCUCGGACGAUUCAGUUGAAAAACUGUUCUCACCAAUGAAUAAAUCCUAUUGUUCUUGCGAUGGUUUAGUAUUAUUGAGUGGUCUCGGCGGUGACCACAACUCUACGUGGGUUUUGUGGAAUCCAUCCACUACAUCGUACAAAAAGUUCAGAUGCCCGUUUUAUGGUUAUGAAUUCUGUUUAUAUGGACUAUGUUAUGAUUCUUCCAUUGAUGAUUACAAGGUGGUUCUUAUAUCUAACCGAGAGGUCAACCAUUACCGUAAUUAUGAGGAAUUUGUUUAUGUGGUUUUCUCUUCCAAGAGUAAUUCUUGGACACAACCUAGAAAGUUUACUCAUAAUCCAAUUUUGAGUGAGACUGGUGUUAAUGUGAAUCGAGUGUGUCAUUUUUUUGUGAAAUCCUCAACCUACAUCAAGGAUAAUAACAGAGGCCGCCGCCAGCUUGAUUUGGGUAAAACAUUUGCAAAUAUAAGUUUCUUCGAUCCGGUGAAUGAGGAGUUCGAAGAGAUGCCACCACCAAUUUGUAUAGGUGAAGGGGAUGUAUUUGGUUUGAUGGUCGUGAAAGGAUGCCUUGGUUUGUACUGCAGCACGCCUGAUGGGAAUCAGGCUAAGGUAUGGGUGAUGAAGGAAUAUGGUGAGAUGAAUUCUUGGACUAAGUUGUUCGUCGUCAAACGAAGUCUGCGAUCAACGUUUUCACGAAAUCACUUAAGGCCGUUGUGUGUUACAAAGAAAGGUGAAAUUGUGAUGGUGAUGGAUGAAAGAGAUAUAGUCAUCUAUGAUCCUAAAGAACACACGUCUAGGAACCUUGUGACCCCUGAAAAUAUGGAGUUUUCCAAACUGUUUUUAUUUGUGGAUACUUCAGUUUUACCCAAUCGUAACUAG